AUGUUCCCAGUGAAUCUUUUUCCACUGCGUACGCUACCGACGGCAACCGUUGGACAAUAUUUCACCCUAGUACGAUCGCUAACAGGUGGAGUCAGUCGAUUAGGCAAGAAAGCGGAACAUGCGGAAAACGAAGAACUGGCUGCUCAAGAUCUGCCGGUAACCUUCGUAGACGAUGAUGCCGAAUCCACGGAAGAACGUGAAGCACGGAUAGCUACAUUGCGGAACAAAUCACGCCUGCUGCCUCAGCAUCGAAACAUGCUACACGGUGUGUUGCCCUACGACCAAUCGCAAUCUUGGAUUCACGAAACCGUCAAGUACAAACGCAUGAUGCUGGGUCGGUACGGUAUCGAUGGAAGCAGGGUAGAUCCACGUGUGUGCUUUCCUACUAAAACGGAAGCAUACGAAAAACAGGAGUACGAGCGUGUUGCAUUUCCUUUCAGUCUGAAGCAAAUGAUGGACGCAAAUGAAGCCGAACGCAAGGCACGCAAAGCGGCGAUAGAAGCACGUGAAGCGGAAGUUGCACGGAAGCUCGAAAAGCUUGAUCAAUGGACGACGGAUCUGAAUGCACGCAUAGCGAAGAAGGAAGCAGAAGCUCGCGCUGCCAAGGAACGGAAGGAUCGUCUAGUCGAGGAAGUUCGAAGACAUUUCGGCUUCAAGGUAGAUCCCCGGGAUGAGCGUUUCCAGGAAAUGUUGGCACUGAAGGAGCGCGAAGAUCGCAAGAAGGUGAAAGAAGCAAAACGGAAGGAAAAGGAGGAAAAAAUGAUGGAAAAGUUGCAGAAAAAGACGGCACAGUUUGAGGUUGUUGGCGACGGCGAUGUACCGAGUGAGCAAAUGAAAUAA